AUGCGAGAAUAUAAAUUGGUAGUAUUAGGUAGUGGUGGUGUUGGUAAAAGUGCAUUAACUGUACAAUUUGUUCAAGGUAUAUUUGUUGGCAAAUAUGAUCCAACAAUCGAAGAUUGUUAUCGAAAACAAGUAGAAAUUGAUGGUGUUAAUUGUAUGCUUGAAAUUCUCGAUACAGCCGGAACGGAACAAUUUACAGCAAUGAGAGAUUUAUAUAUGAAAAAUGGUCAAGGUUUUAUAUUAGUUUAUUCUAUAACAUCACAAGCUACAUUUAAUGAUUUAAUCGAUAUAAAAGAUCAAAUAAUGCGUGUUAAAGAUGUCGGUGCAGAUAUACCUAUGGUACUUGUUGGAAAUAAGAAUGAUCUUGAGGAUGAACGCGUUGUUGGAAAACAAAAUGGUGAAGGAUUAGCACGUUCGUUUAGUUGUACAUUUCUUGAAGCGUCUGCUAAACUACAAGUUAAUGUUAAUGAGAUUUUUUUCGAUUUAAUACGACAAAUUAAUCGGAAAACGCAACGAUCUAGACCGGCAAAACAAAUAUCAUCACAAGGUUUUGAUCAGCUUGAACCAAGAAAUGAUUAUUCAUAUGAUCAAUCAUCCGGGCAUCGAUCUGAUCGAUCAAAUGGACAAUUUAAAGAUUGUUGUGUUCUUUUAUGA